GGAGGCAAGAUUAAGAGCGGCACGGAGCAUCUGCAUCCUCCGCAGUCUCCUUCUCAUCCCGCCCGUCGGAAUUGAGCCUCAGACGGGCGCGCGGACCAGACUCCAACCGGCAAAACGUGACGACGGCUGCGGCCGCUGCUUUUCCCUAUCGCCUCGAGAACACACAGCAAUGUGAAUGGCGGCAGAAUUCCACAGCAGGGCUGUCAGCGGGGGGCAGGAGGAGCCGCCUGCCUCCGGAGCCGUCGCUCACUCGCGCGCGCGGAGCCACGGCCACCUCCAGUUCCAGCCCCUGACACGCACCUCCCAGUGGCAGGCCACUCUGGAUCACACCAGGAGUCACGCUCGCACUCAUCACUUCAUCACUCCCCCGCGCGCGGCGCAGCCGAGGUACAGCUGUCGCCUCACACACAGUCUCACGGCCAUGACCAAAGCGGAGAGGGGAGUGCAGGGCUCUGCGGAGAAGAUGACCAAGGCCAGUGAACCCUUGGUUCCCAAAGCUCCUCAGCAGUCUUUGCAGACAAACCUGAACCAGAAGUUGUCCAUAUGCAGCAAAUUAUGCUUUGCCAUCGGCGGCGCUCCCAAGGAGGUGACUUCCAGCGCUUCAGCCUUCUUCCUGCAAAUCUACCUGCUGGAUGUUGCUCAGAUCAACCCCUUCCAGGCCUCCUUGGUGCUGUUCAUAGGUAGAGUGUGGGGUGCCGUGACUGACCCGGUCAUCGGGUUCCUCAUCACGAAGAGCAGCUGGACCAAGAUUGGCAGACUCAUGCCAUGGAUACUGGGCUGCACUCCAUUUCUGGUGGUGUCGUACUUCUGCCUCUGGUUCGUUCCCCCCUUCGUCAACGGCAGGUUCGUCUGGUACCUGGUCUUCUACUGCCUCUACCAAACCCUCAUCAAUUGUUUCCACGUGUCUUACUCUGCUCUCACCAUGUUCAUAAGCACAGACCAGAAGGAACGGGACUCAGCCACUGCUUACCGAAUGACGGUGGAGGUGAUGGGGACCCUUAUGGGCGCUGCCAUCCAGGGCCAGAUCGUGGCCAGCGCUCACACUCAGAAGCAUUGCUCUCCUCACAACAUGUCUGCUGGUUACCUUGGAAACAGCAGCGGGGCAGAGAUCGUGAAGAGCCUGGUGCCCUCCCAGGAGUACCUGUCACAAGCUAAGGAGGUCUACUUGAUUGCUGCGGGUGUGAUAGGAGCGGUGUUCCUGCUGUGCACUUUGGUGAUGUUCCUGGGAGUCAAAGAGCGGGAAGAUCCCUACGGCCUGAAAACGGAGGAGCAGAUCCCCUUUGUGCAGGGCUUCCUCAAAGUGAUGGGACACGGGCCGUACAUCAUCCUGACAGCCGCAUUCCUCCUCAUCACUGUCGCAGUUCAGCUGACACAGAGCAACUUUGUGCUCUUCUGCACCUACGCUGCCGGACUGAGGGAGCACUUCCAGAACAUCGUGGUGGUGAUCCUCGUCUCUGCGCUGCUAAGCAUACCGUUCUGGCAGUGGUUCCUGAAGAGAUUUGGGAAGAAGACGGCAGCUUUCUGUGGCAUCACGUGGAUCAUGCCCUUCUCCAUGAUGCUGGUGUUCAUCCCUAACUUGGUGGUGGCUUACAUUGUGGCUGUCUCCUCUGGGCUCAGCAUAGCUGCGUCGCUGCUACUGCCAUGGUCCAUGCUGCCAGAUGUGGUGGAUGAUUUCAGACUGACGAACAGCUCCUCCAGAGGCCAUGAAGCCAUCUUCUAUUCGUUCUACGUUUUCUUUGUCAAGUUGGCCGCUGGCAUCACCCUGGGAGUGUCCACUCUCUGCCUGCAGUUUGCGGGCUACGAAACCCGCGGCUGCUCGCAGCCCCCUCCUGUGGUGUACACCCUCAAGCUCCUGAUCGGCGCCGCACCCAUAGCCUUCAUCGUCACGGGGUUAAUGAUCCUGGUUUUGUAUCCCAUCAACGAAGACGUACGGCGCAGGAAUAAACUCUGGCUGGAGGAGCUACGGUGUGUAGAAAUCAUUAAUGCACAACUGCGGGAAAAGCUCUAAUCCUUCAACUCUGUCCUUCCUUUCAACCUCCAGACUGUUGCAAACUUGUUGCAAAAGACUCUGUAAAAAAAAAAAAAAACUGGUGAGAGGGGGAGAAAAAAUGCUGCUGUAAAGUGGUGGCAGUACCAAAGUGAUCCGCCAAUGUAAAUACUC